GUCCUCGGUGCUGACCGCGGGCGCGCCCGGCGCUUGGCCGAUGCGCACGCGUCCGGGCGGGGCGCGGUACUCGGCAGCGCAGCCACUGCGCAGCCUCCCGCGCGGCUGCAGCCCCGGCCUGCGCGCUGCGCCCUGAGAUUCUCGCUGCCCGGCUCCGGCCCCGCCGCAAGCCCCUCGCGCCAGCGCCCUUCGACUCCCCGGCCCGCGGCCCGCUCGCACAGCCUCUCACCUGCAACCGACCAUGGCGCUCAACAAUUUCCUCUUCGCGCAGUGUGUCUGCUACUUCCUGGCCUUCCUGUUCAGCUUCGUGGUGGUGGUGCCGCUGUCCGAGAACGGCCACGACUUCCGCGGCCGCUGCCUGCUCUUCACCGAAGGCAUGUGGCUGAGCGCCAACCUGACGGUGCAGGAGCGCGAGCGCUUCACGGUGCAGGAGUGGGGCCCGCCAGCCGCCUGCCGCUUCAGCCUGCUCGCCAGCCUCCUCUCGCUGCUGUUGGCCGCCGCGCACGCCUGGCGCACGCUCUUCUUCCUGUGCAAGGGACACGAGGGCUCCUUCUUCUAUGCCUUUGUGAACCUCCUGGUCAGCGCCUUCGUGGUCUUCCUGGUCUUCAUCGCCAGCACCAUCGUGAGCGUGGGCUUCACCAUGUGGUGUGACACUGUCACGGAGAAGGGCGCUGUGCCCCGCAGCUGUGAGGAACUCCAGGACAUCGACUUGGAGCUGAAUGUGGACAAUUCUGCCUUCUAUGAUCAGUUCGCCAUUGCCCAGUUUGGCCUCUGGGCAUCCUGGCUGGCCUGGCUGGCCAUCACCACCCUGGCCUUCCUGAAGGUCUACCACAACUGCCGCCAGGAGGACCUGCUGGACAGCCUGGUCCACGAGAAGGAGCUGCUGCUGGCCAGGCCGGGACCCCGCGCCUCCUUCCAUGGGGAGAAGAGCGCUGUCAUCUAGGCUCCCUGCUGGCAGGGGAGCCGACCCAGGACCCCUGCCCAUCUUCCCGUCCUGGGGGAGUGGCGAGGGGUCCCCACCUGGGCCCCCAGCCCUGCCAGCGCCGCCCUGCAUGUGUCCCUCUGCCCUGCCUGCUGUGAGGUGAGCACCCCGAUUCCCUCCGAGAGCUGGACAGUGGCUGGCUAGGCAGCGCAGGGACCGGGGUGGGCAGCACCAGGCGUCCCACGGCACUCGGCUCUCAUCCGCCAGGUCCCCUGAGUCCUGUGGCCGCGGGGCGGCUGGUCCACGCUCCGCCUGUGGUGUGUGGACAGGGAGGUGCAGCACCAGCCCCCAGGGUGCUGCCUCCCUCCCGCGCACGGCAGCCACGCCCUCAGAGCUCAGGCGCAGGGCCAGCGUGUGAGCCUGGCACCCUAGCUCUGCUCUCGGGUGAGCAGCUGGGCUACUGGCUGUGCACACCCUGCGGGAGAGCCCAGUGCCUCCCUGGCCGGCAUGUUCCCCUGUGUCCUUAGUCCAGGGAGUGGGGCCCACGUGGAAGAGCCCCACCUGCCCUGGCCUCAGCCAGCCAGUUCAGGAUCCCGCCCGCCACUGCCAUGCCCUUCUGGAAGGGACAGCCUGACUGUGUCCAGCUCUCUGCUGUCACCACAGAUGACUGGUGGGUUUCAGGUAGGAGGGUGGCUCAGGCCAACCUCAAGGGGCUUGGCGGGGAUGGUCAGCUGGGCUCUGGGACUA